ACGUGUUUCCUCAUCAGCUGUUGUGGUUGUUGUGGAGCUUCGGCGCUGGUGUUUAGCACAACAUUAGGACAUUGCCGAUACAAUUAUAUAUCAAACUCUCGCUUGUCGGUUUAGUAACUUGUUCAAUCGAGGAUGGAAAAAUCAGGUGGCGAUACAGAUUCCAAAUCUGCUCAGGAUCUGACUGCAGUUGUUCAGACGUUACUGCAACAGAUGCAAGACAAGUUCCAGACUAUGUCCGAUCAAAUCAUUGGCAGAAUUGAUGAGAUGAGCACACGGAUUGACGACCUGGAGAAGAACAUCGCUGAUCUCAUGACCCAGGCUGGAGUGGAAGAGGGCGAGGGAGAGGGCAAGCCGAAAGAAGAGGAGGAAGCGGCAUCCUAAAGCAGGAUGUCAAGAACAGACAAACUUCAGAAAACAACACAGGCUGCACACUUCAAGAGCAGUCAGCCCUUUUUUCAAAAAUAACUGAACAUAUUGAUUUUUUGAAGUGUUUUGUGGGGUGCUUUUUAUAUUACUUUGUGAUGGUCUUUUUUAGUGUGUGACAUUGAAUUAACUUUUCUGUGUGUGAGUUAAUCAAUAGUCUUCCUGACAAACUUUUGUAAACCCCUUGCAAAAAAUGCUGAUCCACAGAAACUCUAGUUCCUUGAACAACCCACUGUACCAAGAACAAGUCAUUCCAAUUUCUGUAGAUUGUGUGGUAUUAAACUAGUUUUGUACAAAA